AUAUUCAUUUAUUUCUGUUGAAUAAUUUUACUAUGGAAACAAAAAACAAAAUUAAUCAACAAAAUAAACAAAAUAUAAAUUAAUUUUAUCCAUUUAAAUUUUCCAAAAAUAAUUAAUAAAAUGUUUUGGACAAUAUUACGAUGUAUACCAAUGCGUGUGAUAAUAUGCAUAAUGAUGUUUACAUGUUGCUGGACAAGUUACAUGUGCCGUCUUCAAAUGAGCAUUCUAGCUGUUCCAAUGAUAAAAACUCAACAAGAUGAUAAAAAAGUAUCAGGUGUUUGUAUUAAUUCCGAUAACAACAGAAAAAAAAGAUGGACAGAGGAACAUGAUACUUUGCAUGAUGAAUUGAUAUCUAAUGAAAAACAAAUAUCUGAUUUAAUUAUUGAACACUCAAUGUUACCUCGUCAAGCGAACCUUGAUCAAGUGAAUGAUACGUUUGAUAAUUCAUUGCGAAAUAAUGAUUAUAAUAAAGCAAGAAGUAUACAUAUAUAUACUGGUGAACCAUUUGAAUGGACACCAUUUAUACGUGGACAAUUAAUAUCAGCAUAUAGUUGGGGUAAUGUACCUGGUAAUUUUUUGGGUGGUGUAUUAUCACAAAAAUAUGGACCACGUAAUGCUGUAUUAUGGUCAUCAAUUGUUGCUGCAUUUGUGUCAUUGUUAACUCCAAUUAUUGCACAAAUUUCAUGGACAGCAUUGGCAAUGUCAAGAGUUAUUAUUGGCAUAACUGGUGGAAUAAGUUUUCCUGCUUGUCAUACACUUGUUGCAAAAUGGGCUGUACCUGAUGAAAAGGGUAGAUUUAUUUGGACACUUCAAGGUGGUACAUUUGGUUCAAUAUUUUUAUUUGGUAUUAUAUCAGGAAUUGCUGAAAAUAUAAAUUGGGAAAGUGGCUGGUAUUUUCCAGCAAUAAUUAUGUUUAUUUGGAUAUUUUUUUGGUAUUUACUUGCUUAUGAUUCACCUGAAGAACAUCCUGGUAUUACAGAAGAAGAAAAAACAUUUAUCAUUGAAUCACAAGCUGGUGUUGUUACGAAAGAAAAACAAAAAUUAAGUGAUAUACCAAUUUUAAAAAUUAUGACAUCCAUCCCGUUUAUUAGCUUGAUACUUUGUCAUUUUGGAAAUUUAUUUUUAUUAUUUUUCUAUCAAAAUGGCAUGAUGUUGUAUCAAACAAAAGCACUUGGUUUUAAAUUAACAAAAGGUGGAUUUGUUGCUGGUUUACCAUGGGCAAGCAGAGUAAUAUUUGCAUUUGUUUUUGGAUGGAUUGGUGAUACAAUUAAACGAAAAAAAUUAAUGUCCAUUACUACAUUGAGAAAAGGAGCAACAAUUUUUUCACAUUUUUUACCUGGAGUAUGUUUAAUUAUUGUUGGCUAUCUUGGAUGUUCAUUUUUUUGGGCAAAUGUUUUUUUAAUUCUUGCACUUGGAUUUAAUGGAGCUGCAUCAAUUGCAAAUUUAUCAAAUAAUCAAGAUUUAUCACCAAAUUAUGCUGGUUUUCUUUACGGAAUUAUGAAUACAGUUGGUUGUUUAUCAGGUAUUAUUAUAUCACCAGUUGUUGAGGAAGUUGCAGGAAAACACGGUAAUCCAAUUGACAAAUGGAGAAUUUUAUUCUGGAUGGGUGCUGCUGUUUGUAUAUCUUGCAUGGGAAUAUUUAUGGUAGGUGGAAGUGGAAAAGUACAAAGUUGGAAUGAAAUUCAACCACGACGUGAAAAUCAACGAAAUCAACAAGCACCAAGAGCAUAAAAUAUUUUUCUAUUUAUUUAUUAUUAUUUUUUAUUUAAUAAAAAAAAAGAAAAAAAAAAUAAUAAUCCACAAAUUUAUUUACAAUCUCAAUAUUAUUAUAUAUUUAUUUAUAAAUAAUUUUUGUUUUCAUGUUAUCAUGCGUAAUAUACAAAAUAAAAUCUAUUUGGAAAUU